AUGAAUCUAAUGCAAUUUCUCAUUCCCAUUGUAAGUCCCAUUGUCCAAAUAAUUCUUUUCUUUCUCGGUCUACUUCUCGCUCCAGUUGUAGAAAUCAGAUCUCUCUCUGACCUCAAUUACAACAUCGAGGCCUUAUUAAGAGAGACGGAGAACCUCAAAAGCAAGCGCGAUGACGUUCUCAGGACAAUCCAACAAGGCAAGAGACAAGGAAAGACCACAACAAACAAAGCUGAGAACUGGCUAGAAGAUGUGAACAAUGUCCUGGUCGAAGUCCUUAUGAUCAAAUUGGAUUUCGAUCUGAAGAAGACCAUCUUGAAUGGUCAUUUCACUAAUUACAUCGCUCGUUAUAAAUUGGCUAGAUGGGCCGUUAGGAAGCUCGACGACGUUAAAGAAUUGAACAAGAAGUCUCUUGAUGAUCUGAUCACAAGGCCUCCACCAUCAAGGGUGGUGCACAUGCCCACUACAGCAACAAAUAGUCAGACCACAUCGCAGCGAACUGUAGAUGAGAUAUGGCAAUGUUUACAAGACGAUGAGAAUUGGAUCAUUUGCGUGUAUGGAAUGGGUGGAGUAGGAAAAACUACUCUCAUGAAAUCUGUCAACAACAGGCUCAUCGGAACCCAAGACUUCGACGUCGUUGUGUGGAUAACUGUAUCCAAGGAAUUCAAUAUGGAGAGGAUCCAAAAAGAAAUUGGGAACUCGUUGGGUGUGUACUUUUCCGACGAUGAACCAAAGAGAGUGAUUCUCUUUUCUGCAUUGAAGGACUUGAAGUACAUGCUAAUCUUAGAUGAUCUGUGGCAUGAGUUUGAGUUGGAGGAAGCUGGGAUUCCCAAGCCAAAUGGGCAAAACGGAUGCAAAAUUGUCAUAACUACUCGAUUUAUUCAAGUGGGCAAUGCAAUUGAGGCUGACAAACAUAUAAGAGUAAAUACUCUUACGAGCGAGGAAUCGUGGAAUUUGUUCUGCGAGAAAGCUGGGUAUGUGGCUCGCAUGCCUCAAAUUCGACCAUUAGCUGAGCAGGUUGCCACUGAAUGUGGUGGUUUGCCACUCGCGAUCAUUACGGUGGGAUGUGCUAUGCGUCACAAGGAGAAGAAAGAGCUGUGGCUUGAUGCAUUGAGAUCGUUGAGGGGAUCUGCACCUGAGAUUCCAGGUAUGGAGCCUAAAGUGUUCCUUUCUCUGAAACUUAGUUAUGACCACUUAGAUGAUGAUAAGUACAAGCAUUGCUUCUUGUAUUGUGCUCUAUUUCCAGAAGAUUAUAGCAUAAAAAUAUGA